CAGUGGGUUGGACGAAAACCUCCGACAGAGGCAGGAAACGUCUAGUGCUGGUCUGGAGAGAGAGAGAGAAGUUGUGUUUAGUUCGUGUUGUCGUUCGACCGACGGCUUUUCCUGCUGCGACGUGUUGGGUAUCACCUCCACUUCACUUUCUGAGUAUGAUUUGCUUCAAGCCAGCGCCGGGUCAGUUCAGUCCAGAGGUCCGGGAUCCGGGCCUGUUGGUCUGGAGGGUGGAGAAGAUGAAGGCGGUGCUUCUGGAUUCAUCAGAGUUCGGAGCGUUUUACAAUGGAGACUCGUACCUGGUUCUGAACAACCGUGGGGAAGAGGGAGCUGACAUCCACAUGUGGAUUGGUGAGAAGUCAUCUCGUGAUGAGCAGGUUGCAUGCGCCAUGUUGGCCACUCAGCUGGACAACUUCCUGGGUGGUGACCCAGUCCAGCAUCGACACGUCCAGGGCUACGAGUCGGCCGAGUUCAUGUUCCUGUUCCCCAGAGGAGUCAGCUACAAGGAGGGCGGCGUAGAGUCGGGCUUCAGACGGCCCCAGGGGUCCGGGACGGUGCAGAGGUUGUACCAGAUAAAAGGCAAACGCAACAUCCGUGCCAAGGAGGUGGAGCUGAACUGGAGCAGCUUCAACAAGGGCGACUGCUUCAUCCUGGACCUCGGUGACAUCAUCGUGUCGUGGAUCGGCUCGCAGGCCAACAUCUUCGAGAAGCAGAAAGUGCGUGAGAUCGCAUCGUUGAUCCGCGACACCGACCGACAUGGAAAAGCCCGGAUCAUCGACACCAAUGAAGGGGAGGAGCCAGAGGAGAUGCUGAAGGUUCUGGGUCAGAUGCCAGCGUUGGUAGAGAGUACACCGGAGGAGGACACCAAGGCCGACGCCUCCAACUCCGCCUCCCUCUACAAGGUGUCGGACGCCACAGGAAGCAUGACGAUAACCAAAGUGUCGGAGAAGAGUCCGUUCGCCAAAGAGCUGCUGGUCCGUGACGACUGCUUCAUCCUGGACAACGGUGCCAACGGAAAGAUCUUCGUCUGGAAAGGAAAUGGAGCGAACGCAGAGGAGAAGCAAGCGGCGUUGAAGAUGGCAGAUAACUUCAUCGAACAAAUGAAAUACGCCCGAAUGAAAACACAGGUUGAGAUUCUGCCUCAGGGGAAGGAGACCAUCAUCUUCAAGCAGUUCUUCAAAAACUGGAAUUAACAUCAGUUGAAAAAAAGCCCUUCAGACCCAAACAUAAACAUCAUCUGACCCAAACACAUUUCAUUUUUUAUAUGCAUCGACUCAUCUGUACAUAUUUGUAAGGUACUGUUACUACUUUUGGACUAGAAUCAGAUGUGAUGCCACUUUUCUACAUAAAGAGUUUCUGAUGAGUUUAAACAGAUAAAGUAAAAACCAGUUUGGAUUUAGUCGUUUUGUUUUUUACUUUUGUUGAAUAGUGUCACAGAUUUGAACAAUUUAAAUAAAUGAAUCUGAAACUGA